GAGGAAGGAGGAGAAGGAGGUAAAAAGACAAGAAGAAGAAGACGGUGAAGAACAAGAUAUAACAAGUCAAGUGUUCACGACUCGUGGCUCGGAGUCCACGUGAAACACGCCGUAGCCAAAAAAAAACAAUGCGCGAUGGGAUAGAGAUGCGCCUCAUGAUGGUUACCGUCGUAGUGAUGCUGCAACUCGGGUGGGUCGCUGGCGAGGUGACGUGCAUUCUAGAGCCUUACCAGCAGGUGAUCAACGGCGUUGAAGGCAGGACAGCGCAUAUUCACAUGGGACAGUGCCUCUCCAUCGAUCGCUACUACAUUAGGUCGGAAUUGUCUAUAGCGGGAGACGAGAUAGAUUUCUACGUCGCCGAACGCAACUGCUGCUGCAAAGUCGGCAGUUACCUACACAAAUCCAUCAUCAUAGGUCCGAUUAGACUCAGCUAUAAACACAUACACGACUGCGUCUGCAGCGAAUGUGAGGAGCCAAACAAACUGCCGGCGCUAUCGAAAUAAUGACACUGUUUACUGCAUAUUAUAUAUAUAUAACACUAUGGAACUUUAUAUACAUCUGAAGACCUAAUAAAGUGAGAC